AUGAAAUACACUCUCCUUCUAGCAGCCGCUGCGCACGCUGCCACCAUCACAAGAUGGCACACCACCACCAACGUCCUCACCUCCUCCUACGACACCACCACCAUCAGCACGUUGCCCCCAACCACCGUUGUUGUUGACGGCAAUGGCAACACCGUCAAUGCACCAGCCACUUCUUCUGCGGUUCCUGACACUUCUUCCACUCCUUUGCCAGAGACCCCAACCACGCCCACAACAGAGGCCACUGAGCCGGCCACCACAGCGUCGUCUUCAUCGUCGUCGUCAUCCUCAUCUUCGUCCUUCUCGCCUACGUGGGUGCCUACAACUUUGUCCACCGCGACUUCCUCAGGUACUACUUCCUCAGGCACGACUUCCUCAGGCACCACCUCCUCGAGCUCCAGCGCCGCGCCUUCGCUCGACUCGUUCCAGCAGGAAAUCUUGGACGAAACCAACGCUAAGAGAGCGCUCCACUCGGCCCCCGCGCUCACCUGGAACUGGACUUUGACUGAGUACGCAGCCAACUACGCUAAAAAAUUUGACUGCAACAACGUCAAAUUGGUCCACUCCGGUGGGCCAUACGGAGAAAAUUUGGCUGCCGGGUACGACGGCGGCAAAGCUCCCGUGGAUGCUUGGUACGAUGAGAUUUCCAUGUACAACUGGAACAGCCCUGGCUACACCGAAGCCACCGGCCACUUCACCCAGCUUAUCUGGAAGGACUCCACCCAGAUGGGCUGCGCGAAGGUUACCUGCGAUAACGCAUGGCGCCAGUACACGAUUUGCGAGUACUCGCCUAGAGGCAACGUGGUGGGCACCGACAGUGGGACCACCGCCAAGUUCUUCGGUGCCAACGUGUUGAAAUCGUAG